UCACCUUCCUGCUGGUGCUCUGUUCAGACAGCUGGAUAAUUCUCUACAGGAACCGAUGCAGAUGCUUCUGGCAGGUGAAACACUGAAAGUCUACGACAACAUUCUCACCAAUCUGCGGGACAAGAUGCAGGCCAAUAAGGCAAGGGAUGACGUGGACUACCUGAGAAGCAAGGUGGAGGAACUGAAGACAAUGUACUUUAAAGAAUCACAGGAACAGUUGGAAGCCCUCACCAAUAACCUCAAGGAGCUGCAAGCCAUCAAUACAAAUGAUGAGGUAGUCCAACGCAAAGCCAUUUAUGAGCUGAAAAGUGUCUACAACCACGUUUCUUCUCUCUGGGAGGCCUCCGUCAUCUACACCACUUCCACUCUCCACUGA